AUGUCGCUAAUUGGCGAUCAUGUCCGCCGGCUGGAUUCCUAUGUCGACCGGCUUCAGCUCGCGCGCCUCAGCGUCGUCAGCCAGGCCGACAUCAACACCGAGAUAGAGACGCUGGAGUCGGUCCAUCCUCCCCUCGUCGCGGCUGCCAGAGCUCUCUCCGGCGGACACAUCAGGCCACACCGGGUGCUCGACCAUCUACGCCGCGUCCACGCCCUGCAGCCUGCCAUCAGGGCCGUCGACGUCGACACUACGAGGGAUGGACGGUAUACGGCCAGCCUGCUCUGGCUCGUCGCGUCCAAGGCCACCGUGCAGACGUUUGCCUCCGUCAUGGCCUCCAUGGUCGAGGAGACCGUCCCCCUUAGUGAUGGUAUCUGGUACUGGGACGAGGUCCUCGGGUCUGCGUUCUACUCCGGCCUCUACACCGUCCAGACGGCUCCCGCGCGGUGGGCACGCUACGUUGAGAGCAUAUAUCACACCAUCCGCCGGACCAACACGCAUAUAAGAGCCGAGGGUGAGGACUCGCUGAUGGCACGAUGGCGGACGUUCUAUACCCUGGUCCAGGACGGCGUGCGGGAGCGGUCCGUCAGCCAGGCCAAACAGCUCAUCCUCUCGCCCUUCCAGCUCUGCCGGACGCAGGCGCGGGCGAAGCGGAGGGGCCUGCGCAAGCUCAGGGAGAUGAACGCCUGCGCGGUGGGCUUGCUGAUGGAGGAGGGUCUGCUCUUCGACGUCGACGAGGAUGAGACUACCGCCGCCGUCAAGGAGAGCCCGGACGAGUGGCAGGAUAUCGUCUCACGUACCGUCCUGCUGAUGCAGACCGUCCUGCAGCACGUCAACGACCUCGACACCGACCUGACCGGGUUCGAAGACAACGUCUUUUCCACCGUCGAACGGGGCAUCGAGGCCAUGGAGGACUCGCUCGCCGUCGAGGGGACGGGACACACCGUCAACCCGACCGACCAGGCCUACCAGGUGGUCCAGCAGCUCAUCGACAUCCUCGAGUACCAUCUCCCGCACCAGCACGAGCAGUGCGCCCUGCUCUCCCGCGAAUACACCCGUCCCGGCCGCCUAACACGCUACUGGCCCGCCGGACUCGCCCUCUUACUCUCCUCCAGCACCAUCCUGAACGUCCUCACCAACAGGCGGGCGGAGAUGGUCACCUGGGUGCAGGAACUCGGCUCCACGAUCACCGAUUUCUGGACCAACUGGAUCAUCCAGCCGCUUGCCCGGCUCAUCGGCACCAUCAGACACGACGAGAAGAGCGAGGUCGCCCUGAUGAGCAAGAACAGCCUGGACGCAGACUUCGCCAGCCUCGAGCGCAUGGUCGUCGACUUUGUGCGCCAGCGUCCCUCUCAGGAUCUCGGCGCCUCGUCCCACACCCCGGACGCCCUCGAUCUCGUCAGGCAGGCGGUGCGGCAGGGCGACCUCACCCCGGUGCUACGAGCGUACGAGCGGGACCUGCAGCGGCCCUUUGUCGGCGCCAUCCGCGGCGACCUCAUCACCGCGCUGCUCAUCCAGAUCCAGAAGACAAAGGUCGACGUCGAGGUUGCCAUCAGCGGCAUCAACUCCAUCCUCAAGAGCCAGGAACUGGUCUUUGCGUUCAUCGGACUCACUCCCAGCAUCCUCGUCUCCUACUCGGCGGUGCAGUGGGCUGCCGGCGUACUUGGAAGCAGGAGGGGGCUACGCCAGGGCCAGAGACGCGGUGAAAUCGUCCGUUCCCUUCGAACCAUCAACCGCAUCCUGACGUCCUCGCACGACUCGCGGACGGGAGUUCUCUCGUACAAGGACCACGGCCUGCUGAUGUGCGAAGCCGAGACGUUGCGGCGUAGAGCCCAGCAGCUCCUGCCCGGAGCCAUCUAUCAUGAAUUCCACGACGACCUGAACGACCUGCUCAACGUCCGGGCCGGCGUCGCCCAGCAGAUGAAGGUGCUCGACCAGAUCCGAUGGACGUACUCCAAGUGGAUAUCCUCGUAG